GUCAAAACCAUUCCUGAACGACUGAUCGACUUGUUUGACUUGUUUCAAUCCGCCAGUAUACAAAUGUUCUUAUCAAUACCAAUCUAUUAGCGCAAAAUUUAUCUUGGUGUUUUCUCACAAGUUGAGAAAAGUUUGAUCUGUUCAAUUCCAAACAAUUUCUUGUUAAGACGUAAACAGGAACAAGCAAUUAUUUUCUGAUGGUCAAUCAUGCAGCAGGUGUGUCGUGACAGAACUAAAGGCAUAUUUUCCGUUCUGUCAGUCAUCAAACCUCACUUUGGGUCGCUCAUUCCUUGGCUUGUGUAACAGCUCAUAUAUCAAUCCCUAAACUCUUGUUGGUGGGAUAUUGCACAAAAAGGAAUCGUAAAAGCGAAUUUGAAAGAAGACGCUAAAAGCAGUCAGUUAUUCUGAUCUAACUGAGAGAUCUGAAGAGGUUGCAUUUGUACAAUGGAUGAAUCGCUAAUUAGACUGGGGCUUCGAUCACAAACAUGGCUCGGCGGCAUUCAACUUAUUUUGGUCGUAAUCUUUGGAAUAACAUUAAUUGCUUUUCUUAAAAGCACUUACAACAGAGAGACAUUCACUUGUGAGCCCGAAACCAGUCCUAUCAACAAACAACUCUGCUAUGACGAGUACUCUUCUGCAAUGAAUCCAUGGUUUGCGCCCCUGUAUUUUGUGGUUUUGGCCUAUGUCGUUUUAUUUGUCUUCUCGAUAUCCUUCAUGCUUUACGGUGCUUUCACUCUUCGGCAAAUCGAACGCGGUCGAAAGGAGCAGAUAGAUCAAUCCGAGAAAGAGGACAGUUUCAAGAGGGCUUACCUUCUACAUGUAUUUUGUCGACUGAUAUUUACCGCUGUCAUCGUAGGAAUCUUCUGUGGCAUCCAGACUCUUAUUGUCCCUAAGACGUACAAGUGUUCAGUGGCAGCUGUCGCAACACCGACUCCUUUCAACCAGACAGAAACUGAUCUGCAUUGCCAUGAUCAGCAUUACAGGGAGAAAUCAAUUUCCAACAUUGCCAUCAUUGCCAUUGAAGUCUUUAUUAUGAUUCUAUGCAUAAUCGAGUUUAUUCAAGUGAGAAGAUUAACUCCGCCGGAUCUUUUAAUCAAGUUGCUGAGAGAAAUCUUCGAGGACGAAAGCAACCCACUUGUAGGUGAGCAUGAAAACUUUCAAAGUUACAUAAUUAUCCUUUAUAUCAAUUGACAUUUAAAAGCGGUUUUCACUUGAGUUUCCAAAAGUAACUGUUCUUGCAUUAUGCCGCCUGGAGCGAUUUCAAACUGUGUGUCGUUAAACUAAAAUCAAAGUAAUCACUCCAUCGAAUCACAAAGGACACAGACAAUAUACGGAACCAAUCAAAACUCGAAGUCAUUACAUGUAGGUGACGCAAAUUUUACGCUAAACACGAUUGGAUGAAAAAGGGGCGCGAGUUUUUAAGCCAACCGUGAAGCGUAGCUGAUGCAAUACAAAUUACUUUUCGACACCCAAAUAAAAACCAAUCUAGAAGUAAAACAAGUAAAACCAAAACCACUUGACUCUUUCGUACACGUUUUCCCGCGCUUCGCAUCAGCUACGUGUAUCUGU